AUGUCUUCGGCGACAGGUCUCCCCGAACCCCCUGUCUCCCAAGACCGAGAACGAGACAGCGGCCAGAAUGAGCUGGAGCCUCUGCUUGGCCGACCCGGCGAUGCCCAACAACCACCGGGCCAAUUCAUCGCCAGGAAUCUCGUCCUCGGCACCGGCAUCAUCGCCCAGUUUGGCGCUGUCAUCUUCGUCGCCAUGAUCUGGGCCGCCGUCCUCACCAAGGAUGUGAUACUUUUCUCGGGCCACCCGCUUGCCCAGAGCCUCGCCAUCUUCACCCUCACCCAAUCCAUCCUCUCUCUGCAGCCAACGCACACCUCCGACCAGAAACGCGUCGGCCAGCGUAUCCACGCUGUCCUUAACCUGCUCGCCUUCCUCUUCCUCGUCGCCGGCAUCACCAUCAUCGAGUACAAUAAAUUCCGCCAGGGCCCUGGCUCCCACUUCCACUCCGUUCACGGCUACCUCGGCGUCAUCGUCUCCGUUAUCUUGCUGCUGCAGUACAUCGUCGGCUUCACCAUGUGGGCCACCCCGAAGCUCUACGGCGGCGAGGACAAGGCCAAGUCUAUCUGGAAAUACCACCGCUGGAGCGGCUACGUCGUCCUGGUCCUCCUGCUGGUGACCGUGGCGACAGCCGUCGAGACGCCAUUUAACGAGAACGUGCUUAAGCUGAAGCUGUGGGCUGUCGUUGUCACCGCCCUCCUGAUCCUCGUCGGCAUUGUCCCGCGGGUGCAGAAGCAGAAGCUUGGCUUCUCUUCUUAA